UGUUCACCAAGUAUGAAGGCAGAAAGCAACGACCGAAGCAACGACCGGAUUUGUGUAAGUCGUGCCUGACGACCUUACACUUUAUGCCUGAGGCAUACGCGGGGAGAUUGGGCGGAAUCCAGAAAUUUACCCCUCCGCAAGACAGAACAGCCUUCCACACUGUGCGAUUCGGACGCCCUCACCUCACCUGCACACGGGACUUGCUGUGGUAUUAAUUCCUUGUCCAAUUGAUUGGUUAGCAUAUCUUCUUAUACUCAACUGAAUCCUUUGCAACCGGACCAACACAAUGGCUACCGUCUAUAUUGACGAGGACGUCGGCCGGGACGACUCGACUGCGACCGGCACCGAAUCCACCCCUUACAAGACACUUGUCCACGCUUUCACGCAGCACCCUCCCUCCGAAGGAAACCAAUACCUGACCCGCAAGUCCCAGACCGAACCCGCCGAGGAGGGUGCUGACAAGCUCGAGUGGAAGCCCGCCACGAAGUCGGCCGUCAAGAAGGCUACCAACAUUUACGAGCAGCGCAAGAGGAAGGCUGCCAAGGAGCAGGAGCUGGCAAUUCGCGAGAAGGAGGAGGCGGACAAGCGCAAGCUCAUUCUGGAGGAGGCUAAGAAGGUCGUCAUCAAGGAAGACACAUCCCUUCCCAAGCCCGUCAAGAUCCGUCUCGAUGAGACUGAACCCGCCGUGGUUAAGCUGGGAUCUGCCGAAUCCGAGACCCCCGGUACUCGUGUCCGCGUUGUUGGACGAGUCCACCGCUUGAGGCCUCAGAAGGAUGUUAUCUUCCUCACACUCACCGACGGAUAUGGCUACCUUCAAUGUGUUCUGACUGGCCAGCUCGUCAAGAGCUACGAUGCGAUGACUCUUACUCUCGAAACCUCUAUGGCCAUCCACGGUGAAAUGCGAGCUGUCCCGCCCAAGCAGCACGCUCCUAACAACCGUGAGCUUCACGCGGACUUCUUCACCGUCAUCGGCCGUGCCGCUGGUGACAAAGAAGCCAUCACCACCCGUGUCGCCCCCGAUGCCGACCCCCAGACCCUCUACGACAACCGUCACCUGGUUCUCCGGGGUGAGACCGUUUCUUCGGUGAUGAAGGUGCGCGCGGCCACCUUGCGGGCUUUCCGUCAGACUUUUGAGGAGCAGCGCAUGCUUGAGGUCACUCCUCCGGCCAUGGUACAAACCCAGGUGGAGGGCGGAAGCACACUGUUCAAGUUCGACUAUUACGGCGAAGACGCCUAUUUGACCCAGUCCUCCCAGCUUUACUUGGAGACCUGUCUCCCCUCACUGGGUGAUGUCUUCUGUGUUUGCCCCUCUUUCCGAGCUGAGAAGUCGCUCACCCGCCGUCACUUGUCCGAGUACACCCACAUCGAGGCCGAGCUAGACUUCAUCACCUUCAACGAUUUGCUGGACCACCUGGAGAACGUGAUCUGCCGUGUUAUCGAGCUGACCGUGGCCGAACCUGCCACCAAGGCCCUCAUUGAGAAGCUCAACCCCGACUUCAAGACUCCCAGCCGUCCUUUCAAGCGCAUGCGCUACUCCGAUGCCAUUGAGUGGCUCCGCGAGCAUGAUAUCCCCAACGAGGAGGGCAAGCCCCACGAAUUUGGUGAUGAUAUUGCUGAGGCUGCUGAGCGCAAGAUGACCGACAUCAUCAACCAACCCAUCUUCUUGACCCACUUCCCCGCCGAGAUUAAGGCUUUCUACAUGAAGAAGGACGAGCAGGACCGUCGCGUCACCGAGAGUGUCGAUGUUUUGAUGCCUGGUGUCGGUGAAAUCGUCGGUGGUAGUAUGAGAAUGGACAACUGGGAUGAGCUGAUGGCCGCUUACGCGCACGAGGGCAUGGAUCCCUCUCCUUACUACUGGUAUACCGACCAGCGCAAGUACGGAACCUCCCCUCACGGUGGUUACGGUCUGGGUCUCGAGCGUUUCUUGGCUUGGUUGUGUGCCCGUUACACCGUCAGAGACUGCUGCUUGUAUCCCCGUUUCACUGGCCGUUGCACGCCUUAGAGGCUUGAUUAUCGUAGAAAAGAACUAUAGAUAUGACACGUUCUCUGAAUUGUCUGUG